AUGAGAAGCAAAGGUCACAGCAAAGUCAAAUCUCUACAUACAGUGUAAGCAGUUUCAAAUACCAAGACUUUCUUUAUAAGUAGAAUCACCCAAAGAUCCUUUGUGAAGAAUGCUUUAACUCCUCUGCCUUUAGAAUAGGUUCCUUAAACAUAGGUGCCAACUCCUUUGAGUGGCAGAAUAGUUGCAAGGAAGGUCUUCAAAGGAACAUAGCUGAAAACCUAGGGGAGUGUUCUAGAAAACGAAAAGAAGAAUCAAUAGUCUCUUUUCGAAGUGAUUGCUUCUGAAAAGUUCAAGAACAUUAUCUCAGAAGGAAAAUUAAGGAAGGAGGAGUAAACCCUUUUUACAUUAGAAGGACCACUCAUAUUUAAAGAUCGAUAUAGACAUAAGAUUUUCAAGUAGAGUUUGAAUAUAGAGAAUUAGUUUACGCAAUAGGAAGAUAACUUGAACAUCUAAAUGUUCCUGAAGAACAUGAGAUAAAUCAUAACAACAAGUCAUAUUCAACAUAAUGACAUUCAAACAAAUGAGAAUAGUUUCUUAUCUGAUAAUUUUAAGGCUCAAAUGACGAGUCCUCGAUUUACCUUUACUAAUCAUCUGUCAACUAUUCAACUUCAGAAUUAGCCUACUUAGCUUUAUAAAGUGGGAAGUACCUCAAUGUUAGAUCCAAUUGAGGAGAAAAAGGAAUAAAUGCAACCCACAAUGCAAAUCAAUAGAAAAAAACUGACUCUUUCUGUGAGCAAUCCAGAAAAUUAAAUAGGAGUCUAUUAAUUCAAUGUUCCAGAUUAUUGUAAGAAAUCGGAAGAUAAGAUUGAAGAAGUGCAGGAAUACACUGAUAAACCUAAGCAUGUCUUGAAGCAGGCAUUGUAGUUUGUAAGUAAAUUUGAUUUAAACAUAGAUUUCCUCAUAACCCAAAAAAAUGACAUCCAAAUUCUCUAAAUCUAUUUUAAAGAUUAUUGGUAUUCCAGAUCAAGAGAAUCCACACGAAGAUGAUACUCUUCAAUUUUAUAAUUUAUAAAAAGUAAUUAUUUUAUGAAGUAAGACUAGCAGGUUUAUGAAACUGUAUUUACAAAACAGAAUGUCACAAAUCUUUAUAAAAUUAGAGGAAAAUAUCUUGGUGCAUUUGCAAUUAAUCCAAGAUAAGCGAUCCUCAAUAAAUGUUCUAAAAAUAUGUGAAAGUCAAUAAUCAAGUCGACUCUAAUCUUGUUAUACUAAUCAAAAUAAUAUCUAUACUUAAUAGUUAUCAAAUCCGUUGUUUUAAGUCGCUAUAGAGUAUAAUAGAUUUUAAAACUAUUAAAUUCAGUAUUUUGAUUACUCAUUUGCCGAUUGUUACUUAAAUGAUUUAGAUAGUUUUACUGAAGAUGAAGGAGGCUUUGAAAUUAUUGAAUGUCAAUCUAAACUCAAAAUGAUAAAUACUGCAUAUCUUAACUUCAUAAUUAACACUUUAGAUCCAGACAUUAGAAAUGUCAUGCUACAAGAUCAAAGUUCCUUAAUCGAUUCCAGGAUGAUUAAAGAUCCCUCCUAUAUCUAUCAUGAUGAUUAGAUUAUUAGAACAGUCAACUCUUUGUAUAGACGUAUCAAAAGAAAGGAUCAAAUACAAUAAGUUAAAAUACUCAUUCAUCACUACAGUGAUAUUUUGACAGGCAUAUUUGAAGAUGAAUAUGAAAUUGAUAAUCUGGCUCAUGAUUAUGGUUUAGUUGAAUUCGAGGAAUAGAUAUAAAUGCAAUAGUCUACUAACAAAAUUGAAAAGGCAAGAAUCAUGAUUAAUUCAGCAAAGCCUAUUAAAAAAAAGACAUCGAAUCGUGAACAAUCUCCACCAAGUGAAAGAUCAAAUUAAAAAACAAAUUCAAAAACAAUUAUUUCUUCACCUAGACAUUAAACGAUCAAUUACACAACUAAUAUUUAGAAACCUGUUAAAUAAUUACUUUAGGCUACCUCAAGUCAAACCAGUGUUUUACAAAGAAGAAGCGAUUCUCCACAAGAUGAGAUUAGUCUGAAAGAAUCAAGUAAUUUAAAUACUACCUAAUCAAACAAAAUGAAGGCCACUUAGACUUUGCAAAAUACAACGAAUCCGAUUUCCUAAAAAGAAGAGGAGAUAAUUUAACCUUUAAUGACCAAGAGUCAAGAGAGAAGGAAUCCCAUUAUUAUCUCUUCUAUGAGUAAACACGCUCUAUAAAUGAGAACUUAAAUUACUGAAGCUCGUAGAAGGUAAUCCAUUGCAAUAAUCGAGAAAAUCAAGUUACUCAUUGAGGAGUAAAAGUUGCCAGAAGUACUUGAUGUUAAUACAUAAUUUUAGCUUGAAGAAGAAUUUACCAACAAUCCAAAUCUGAUGAUCAAUGAACGUUUCAAAGGAAAUAACACUUAUCUUAUUGUGGCAGCAUAGACUGGAAACAUUGAGAUUGUAGAAUUCUUAUUGCGCAAAGGAGCACAAGUCAAUUUAUAAAAUGUAUUAGUUUAUUAUUUAAAUAAGAAUGAUGGAGACACUGCUCUGCAUAAAGCCAUAUCGUAUCAAUUCUACAAUGUUGCCGAUCUCUUGAUUGCACAAGGAGCCCAAAACUUACGAAAUUAUGACGGUUUGAGUCCUUGGCAAUUAGUUUAAUGA